AAAAAAAACAAGACUGGCAGAACACAGAUUUUUCUUGUCUCCCGUCGUGCGUGAUUUUUCUCUAUUGUGUGAAAAAUCAAUUUUCUUGGUGCUGGCUGGAAAAGUGUGUUUCCAAAAAUCAACGAAUGGCUAAAAACAAAUGCACAGUUCUGCUCGGCUACGACGAUGAACCGAUUGUGGAUAAGGACAAACCGUAUCUCAACCAUACGGUGAACAAAAUUGGCGGCCUGGCGAACUGGCCUGCCGGAGAGAUUGCCAUUGCGCCAUGUCCGCUGUGCGGACAGAAUCGUCCCCUGAUAGUGCAAAUCUACGCACCCCUGGAGAAUUCGCAAUUCCACAGGACGUUGUACAUAUUCGCUUGCCUGAAUGCUCCCUGCUCGACCCAGUCCCAGAGUUGGGUCUGUGUGAGGACCCAGGCUCUCGAGAAAAGCCCGGUGGAAAACGAAGCGGCGCAGGUUGUGAAAACGGUGGCCAGCAAUAUUGCGUGGUGUAGCGGGGCGGAUGAGUGGGACGACGAUGAUACGACGGGUGCGGUGACGGACACUUUCAUGCGAGUCGACACGGGGAACGUCGUGGGAGGUUUGGAGAACGAGGAAAAUGGGAACGUAAUCCGGUAUGAGAACAGCAAAGUAUCCGACGAAGAUGAGGAAAGUAAUUCGCUGGAGAAUGACCCGGUGCCAGGGUUCGGGAAUCUGAGGGUUGACGAGAGGAAUGCCAAUGGAGGCGGAGGAGCCAAAGGAGGAUUGAUUGACAAUCUGUACACGAGUAAAGCGACGGCGGAGAUCGAAGGAACGGAAGGGGAUGUGGUCGUGGUGGAUACGCCGGUGUCCCCGAAGCGAGAUCUGCUGGCUUUGCUCAAGCAGCCGCAAGUAAUUCCUAGGGAUUUGAAGGAUGUUACCCUGAAGAGUUUCUACAUAAGUGUGGACGAGGAACGUUCGUCGUCUCCGAUGAUUACGGAACAUGUACGGGAGUUGCUGCAGGAGUACCAGAAGCACGAAGAAGUCAAAACUAGUCCCGAUAGUCCGAUGGGUCACGGAGCUGCCGGCGGAGGAGGAGCCCAGCAACCGGUACCGAUGGAGCAAGAGCUGUACGAAAAAGCCAUUCCCAUCCAUGGAGAUCUGAUGUUCCACAACUUCAUGUCGAAGCUGCAGGAGAACCCUGGCCAGAUAUUGCGCUAUUCCCGAAAUGCUGCUCCCAUUCUGAUCGCUCCGUUGAAGGAGCUGCUGGCGCCAAAGUGUCAGCACUGUGGCCACGAAAUGAUCUGUGAAGUCCAAAUUUUGCCAACCAUUAUCGAGAAGCUUCGGUUAGAGGCUACCCGCGAGAACGCUCCCAUAGAUUUUGGCAACGUGUUGGUGUGGACCUGCGUCAAGAGUUGCUGGGACACGCCGGAUAAAAUGCGAACCGAACAGGUGCUGGUACAGCAGGAGUCCUAAACGAGGGCGAGUUGUUCCCGUUUGAUUGAAUUACGAUAGAUGUGAUCAUCUGUGUGUUAGGCAUUAGUUUUGAAAGUGAUCUUACCAGAACCUGCAAGUUGUUAUCAAAGUAGAUUAACUCUUGAACGAUAUUACAUAGCAAAUAUGGAAACACUAUUCGCUAUCAGCUCUCAAUAAAUAGGUACUGUUAACUUUCAUCCAGCCAACAAACUUUUCAUAUGCUGAAAACACAUUAAUAUCUGCAGAACUUUAUUGGUAACCGGACGAUUUUUUAGAAAUUUUCUGAACUUUUCGAAAAACUCAUCUAAUAUUUGGUAAUAUGGUGUUUUUCAGCAGGUUAAAAGUAUUGUGGCUGGAUGAAAGUUAACCACUGACUUUUGAACGUUUUUAGAUAUCUUAGCGUUAAUUAUAUAACCAUUAGGAACGAAACAUCAGGCGAGUCAGAGACUCGGUUGGAGAAGUUGAUCUAGAAUCGCAAUUUUAGUGCACAUUUCCAACAAAACAUAAUCCGUCAUGUCAAUUGAACGAGGUACCUUAGCCCGUCGUUAGCCGGAAAAGAGAGAAGAAAUAUGAAAACCGAGCUGAAUUUUAGAAAAACGUAAACGUAUCGAA